AUGACGGCCAGCGAGGAGGCCUCACCCGCCACGCGCGCGAGAAAGAUCCGAAAGGUGACCCGCGCCUGCGAUGCCUGCAAGGCCAAAAAGAAGGCUUGUACGGGCAACAUCCCCUGUGGUCCCUGCUCCCGCCGUCACUUGGCGUGCACCUACGACUCCGCCUACAAUCGGGGUGUGGCGCUCAGCCCUCCUCCCUCAUCAUCGCGUCCCAAGAACCAUCGCCCUCUGCGGGAGCACGGCAGCUCACGCAGCAAUCCAGAUCCGGCUCCAGGUGCGAUCCAGCCCCUGCAGUCUCCCUCUGUCCUUCGCUCAUACUGGGGUCCGAGCUCAGCACAUUCAUUUCUGGGCAGGGUCGUGGAGGACUUACAUGCCAGUCCCUCCAAGCCUAUUGCCCCGGCACAGGAUCCCGAUGCCUCAGCAACAGUUUCCAUCUUCUCCUACGGUGAUCGUGUAGUUCCCGAGGUUCAGUUAUCAGAUUUUGUCUGGCCAAGCCAGGCCAGAGCCAAAAGCUUGAUCCGCCGAUAUUUCGAGUUUGCAGCACCGACAUAUCGCGUGCUUCAUCAGCCUACAAUUCACACCCUGGUCCAGCGCUUGUACCAGGAGAAUUCAGAGGGCAACCGGAUCGGCAGCCAGCUCGAUGUAGCAUCCCAAGCCGUCUUGCUCUUACUCCUGAGUACUGCAGCCAUGUUCCGCGUUGAUGAGGACGGUCGAAUGAGAGAUGCCGACGAGGAUGGCUGGCGCAACAGCGAGCUUUAUUACGCGCAGGCAGAGCAUCUGCUGUCGCUCGAGACGGGUGCCCCUACUCUGGCCUCGGUGCAAGCUCGUUUUUUGAUGGUGCUUUAUCUGCUGAGCUCCUCUCGAGCCCAGAAGGCGUGGUUCGUGUUUGGCACAACAGUCCAGCUGAUGAUGGCCCUUGGUUUGCACAAUCGAUGGGCGAGGAGGCACCAUGAAGAAGAGGAGGAUCUGGUGAAGCAGGAGUGUCAACGGCGCCUUGUAUGGUGCUCUUACACUCUGGACAAGUAUCUCAGUGUGAUCCUUGGUCGACCGCGACUGUGGCAUGAUGAAGACUUGGACGAAGAUCUUCCCACGCGCGUCAAUGACGAAGACCUAACAACGCGGGAAAGGCGGUUGUCGAGACGUGACUGUGUAAUGGAUGCGCCAGUCUUUCAUGCGACUUUGGCACAGAUUCUUACCCAGGCGGCCAAGGAACCUUACGUUCUCUCGGGCCUCUCCGAUCGGACGGAGGUUGAGACCAUUCGAGGCCUAUGUGGCAAGAUCGCGAAAUGGCAAGCAGAGCUGCCUCCUUUUCUCUCAGGGGUCAUCCAACCCAGUAGUUUGGUUCCGGUUUUUCGGCGCCAGUUGACAGUUCUGCAGCUGGCUCGUCAUCAUGCAUUGAUGUUCAUCACACGGCCUCUCCUAUUAUUGGAUUAUGGGCAAAUGUGGCCUGAACACCGAAGCAGUUACCGAUACCAUCUGCAUCUUUGUCUUACCGCAGCGCGAGAAGCCCUAGAAUUGAUACUUAGCUUCGUGCGCGAGGAUGAAUUGUUCCCAGCAUUUUGGUACUCACAGUACAUUGCAUUCAAUGCUUUAUCAAUCAUCUAUCUAUACCUGAUCCAGGUCAGACGCAACCGUCUGCCUUCUGCUGGUCUCGACUUUGUCCGGAGCCCGGAACACACCUUGCAUGCAGAUUUGGAUGAACCCACGCUCUACAGACUGUCCGAGACGGCAGUGACACACCUCGCCGACGCAACAGCUCGCAACGCCCCUUCUUGGAAAUACAGUGUCAUCUUGCAGGGUUUGCGACACGAGCUGGCCCGCCUCGUCUCCCCGAUGGACACUGGCGACGCUCAAGCUACCGGGCCGAAUGAGCUAUCUCAUCCAGUUUCCGAACGGAGCCCUCGUCCGACCGAACAUAGCGGUGAGAUGGGCCGCCGUGAGCAGCAGGCAGAAGGCAACGCGGUGAGGGAUUAUGACCCUGAUCCUAAUAUGUUGCCGACCAUAUUUUCUGGACUGGACCCCGCUAUUGAUCCAGUGCUGCUCGAUCCCAGGACACAGUCCCUGUUGGACACUUUCAUCAUGGGCGAAAACGUGGUGCUCGAUUUCUGGCCACAGCUAGAAAGCCUGCCUAUCUCAUACCCCGGCUGAUGCGGAGUUCGAAUGUGACUGGGACGCGAGAACCUCAAUUAGUAGAUCUAUUCACAUAUUUACUGGUAAUCCGACCGGAAUCUUGCUCUUGCGCCAUAUAUCCAGGUAGGGUGUCUACGACAGAGCUACAGCAGGAC